UACGCAAUGCAUUGUGCAUAGCGGAUCCAUGCUUAGUUGGUACGUCAAUGGGGAAUAUUGUAGAUCACUAGUCCCCUGUGUUUGCCUUUUAAAAUUAACUUCUCUUGAACUAUUGAUCGAAGAAGUUUAUCACCACUAUAUAUAGUAUAUGUAUAUGUUUGUUGUUGGAGUCAUUCUCUGUCAUUGUAUAGCCAUCUGAGCUCUGACACACACACAGAAACACAUUGAGUCAGAGUUGUUCAUAAAACCGAAAUACGUAGGCAUUGUGUCCAUUAUCCAUAUCACCACUUAUUUUUGCUAUAAAAAACUACUCUUUAUAGAAUUUGCUCUUUGCUGUAAAAAAAAACUACUUGUCUUUGUCUGGAAAGGCAACCAGCUUAGCUGUGCUUCAAUUUUUUUUCUUUUUUUAGAAUUAGUGAAACUAGAAGACUCAGCGAUUAUGGCAGAUAUUGUCACUGGGCCUUUCAUAUCCUUUGUGGUAGAAAGGCUUGGCAAUGUGCUCAUCCAAGAAGCCAAAUUGUUGCGUGGGGUAAAGGGCCAGGUCGAUGAAAUGCAAACCGAGUUAAAGCGGAUGCAAAGCUUUUUGAAAGAUGCAGCUGCAAGGCAAGAAGGAGGAGACGAGAUGGUCCGCAACUGGGUUGUGGAGAUCAGAGAAGCUGCUUAUGAUGCAGAGGAUGUAAUUGACACGUACAUCAUCAAAGUUGCAUUUAGGAGGAGAACAGGUAUCCUCAAUGUCUUCAUGAGGUUCUCUUGUGUGAUCAAGGAUUGUAUAGCCAUCCAUAAGGUUGGGGUUGAGAUUGAGUCCAUCAAAACCAAGAUCUCUAGCAUCACGGCAAGUUUACAAAAACAUGGUGUAAGAGCAACAAGUGAAGGAGAAAGCUUGAGUUCUUCUAGGUAUGAGACGCAACGACUGCUAAGGAAGUCUUAUCCUCAUAUCAUGGAGGAGGACAUUGUCGGCCUAGAUAAAGACUUGACAGAAAUAGUAGAACAUUUGGUGAAGGAAGAGAGACAAUGCCGAGUUGUUUCCAUUUGGGGGAUGGGUGGUCUUGGCAAGACCACCCUUGCUAAGGAAGUUUACCAUCACAAUGAUGUCAGGCGUCAUUUUGAUUGUUUUUCCUGGGCUUUUAUAUCUCAACAAUGUAAUCUUAGAGAAGUUUUGGAAGGGAUUCUAAUCGGGCUUACCUCUCCGUCCCUCGACAAGAGGAAAAAAAUCAAAAUAAUGAAACUUGGUGAGCUAGUUGAGGAACUUUUUCAAGUCCAAAGUCAGAAGAAAUGUUUGGUGGUUAUCGAUGACAUUUGGAAGGCUCAAGAUUGGGAAAUUUUGAGUCCGGCCUUCCCGAAUAAAAAAGAUGCAAGUAGCAAAAUACUGCUAACUACUCGCAAAAAAGAAGUUGCUUCAUACGCUGAUCAACCGCAUGAACUGAGGACUUUAACUGAAGAUGAGAGUUGGAAAUUGUUUGAAAAGAAAGCAUCUACAGAAUUUGAGCCGAGCACUGAAAUGAUGGAGUUAGGGAAGGAAAUGGUGAAGCACUGUGGGGGUCUACCGUUGGCCAUUGUGGUAUUAGGAGGACUUCUAGCAAACAAGCACAAGAUGGAGGAGUGGAAAGAGAAAAAUUAGUUCAAAUGUGGAUGGCUGAAGGCAUUGUGUCAUCAUCAGUACCACCAGCACAAGUAGGAGAAAUGGAGGUAGAAAAGACAACGUUGGAUGUUGGAAUGAGUUAUUUAAGUGAACUAGCACAGAGAUGCAUGGUUCAAGUCCAAUUA